UCAUUCUUUCUGACAACCACUCAUUUCCAACUUGAACCAUCGUCACUAUCGCCACAAUGCCGCGAGCAGAAGCUGGAAGUACGAAAGCGAUCAGCAACAAGAUCAAACAGAAAGGUCUAGGCAGAUUGCGAUGGUACUGCCAAGCAUGUGAGAGACAGAUGAGAGACGAGAACGGCUUCAAAUGCCACGUCCAGUCCGAAAGUCACGUCCGCCAGGUGCUGCUAAUCGGCGAGGACCCGAAGAAAUACAUCGAAGACUACAGCAAGCAGUUCAUCGAUAAUUUCCUCAAUCUUCUGAGAACGACGCACGGAGAGAAGGAGGUCAACGCGAAUCAGUUCUACCAACAGAUUAUCGCGGAUAAGAUGCAUAUUCACAUGAACGCUACGAAAUGGAAGAGCCUGUCGCAGUUCGUCGCGCAUCUCGGUCGCGAGGGUCUUUGCCGGGUGCAGGAAUCUGAAAAGGGGCUGUUUGUCGCGUACAUUGAUCGGAGUCCGGAUACGAUGCGCCGACGCGAGGCGCUGGCGAAGAAGGAGCGGCAGGACAAGGGCGACGAGGAGCGGGAGCAGCAGCAGAUCCAGGAGCAGAUCGAGCGCGCUCGUCAAGCCGCGGCGAAGGAGGAUGAGAUUGAUCCGGAGGCUAGAAACCUGCAGCGGAAGGAGGGCGAGAAAGUGAAGCUGAAUAUCGGGUUCGGUGCGAAACCAAACGGGGACGCGAAGGCCGAGUCGCCGGCAACGGCCACCCCGGCCGAUGAGAAGGACUCCGGUGCCUCGUCGGCUUCUCCGGAGACCUCUGCCGCUGCCUCCCCUGCGCCCGCGCCUGCUCCGACGGCGGCGCCGAAGGUGUCGCUGUCAUUUGGAGGCGGCGGCAACAAGCCGAAGAAUGUGUUUGCGACGGCGGUGAAGAAGAACCCUCUCGCAGGGAAGAAGGGCCCCGUGAAAGAGGCGCCCAGGAAGAUGACAGAGCAGGAGCGGAUCAUGAAGCAGGAGAUGGAAGCAAUGGAGCGCAAGCGCGUGCGCGGGGCAUCUGGUUUCCCGGAUGCUAAGCGCCCGAAGAUCUCUUGAACGUUAGGACGGUCUGCUACUAUGACUGGGUGUGGAUUAAAACUCGCCCAUGCCUCAUUUCGCUGCCCACCAUUGGACACCAGGGCGCGAGGUCAUCGGCCUAUGUCCUCGGCUUGUCCGGAUCUUUCCAUCGCGAGGACUUCUCCCACGUGGACUCAGACUCUUGCAGUCGCGCCCAACCCGACGACACGACAUACUCGGGCGGCGUCUCCGCACAGUGCGCAUCUGGCGCGCUACCAGGCAGCCGCUCCAAAUGAGUGCGACGGGUGUCCCCUGUGUAUUUAGACUACUCAGGGCCUUGAAGGAGUAAAUUUCAGAUAGAUGACUACAUUGGCUCAGUGUUUAUAGAUGCCCCUUGAUGCCUUAAUCUAUAGCUAGGAAUGCUACGGGCAUGUCAUAUAUU